UCUGUUUUUAAUGGAAUUGUAUUGAUUUGCUCUGGAAAAUUAAUUCCCCGGGGUCAAAAUUUUUGCUAAAUUUUUUAUGUCCCUGAUAUUAUAAGAGGAAUGAGUACUCUGAUAUAAAUAUGACAUUUGAUAUGUCCCACCACUGCUGUUCAAAGGUGUCCCUUGAUGCCUGGUGUCGCAAAUUGACAAAUUUUAUCAUCUCGCUUCUUGAGAUAUCUCCGACUUACUUCAGACGCGAUAGUCCAAGAAUUUGUGACAUAAUAACAACUUCAGCUUUACGUCAAGCGGACAAAUGGCGACAAAUUGGUUUAUUUUCCUUUUCCUAAACAUGAUACAAUUGGAAAGAGCAGAAAGCAGGCCAAAUAUUUUGUUUAUUUUUGCUGAUGACUACGGCUUCAACGACGUUGGCUACCAUGGUUCUGAGAUUAAAACACCAGUCUUGGAUAAACUAGCAAAUGAAGGUGUUAUCCUUGAGAAAUAUUAUGUUCAACCGAUAUGCACUCCGACAAGAUCAACAAUGCUUACGGGAAGAUAUCAAAUUCAUACAGGUUUACAACAUGGUGUGAUAUUUCCAGCGCAACCAAAUUGCGUACCACUUGACGAGACAACAAUAGCAGAAAAAUUACACGAGAGUGGUUACAAAACUCACAUAGUUGGUAAAUGGCAUAAUGGAUAUUAUAAAAAGGAAUGUAUGCCAACUAACAGAGGAUUUGACUCGCAUUUUGGAUAUCUCAACGGAGCAGAGGAUUAUUAUACACACAAUGCAAUGAAUAGUUUUCCACAUUCGUUACCGUACAUGUUAUGGCAUGGUUAUGAUUUUCGUAGAAACGAAUCUGUAAGCACGAAAGAGAAAGGACAGUAUUCUACAUUUCUGUUUGCAAAAGAAGCUCAAAAAAUCAUUACGAAUUACGAUGAUCGUUCUCCAUUGUUUUUAUAUUUAGCAUUUCAAGCAGUACAUUCGCCUUUGCAAGUUCCUGAACAAUAUAUCAAGCAAUACGAGGGAGUUAUUAAAGAUAAGAAUCGACGUACUUAUGCUGGUAUGGUUUCAGCAAUGGAUGAGGCCAUAGGAAACGUGACAAAAACACUCAAAGAUAAAGGACUUUGGAAUAACACUGUGUUGAUAUUUAGCACAGACAAUGGUGGUCAGGUGUACGAGGGGGGUAACAACUGGCCAUUAAGGGGUUGGAAAGGAUCAUUGUGGGAAGGAGGUGUACGUGGUGUCGGAUUUGUAAACAGCCCUUUGAUAGCGAAACCAAGAAGAGUUUCCCAUGAACUGAUCCAUGUUUCUGAUUGGUUCCCAACACUUGUGAAGUUAGCAGAUGGUAAUUUGAAUGGCACAAAACCUCUAGAUGGUUUUGACGUUUGGGAUACAAUAAACACAGGAGAUCCAUCUCCUAGAACUGAAUUGCUGCACAACAUAGAUCCAGUAGAAACACCAUGGCAUGAUUGGCCGAAUAAUGGUUAUAAAUGGUGUCCACAAGCUGCUUUACGUGUUGGGGACUGGAAACUGCUUACAGGUUGCCCAGGAGAUUCACGUUGGAUUCCGCCACCAAACUCAAGGAUCAAUUUUACCGAAAAGAAUCAUUUUGAUACAAAAAAGUUGUUUUUGUUUAAUAUUGCUGAAGAUCCUGAAGAACGACAUGAAGUGUCUUCUCAAUAUCCGGAAAAAGUCAAGGAAUUAUUAUUGAAAUUGGAAAUGUACAAGAAAACAGCAGUCCCUGUCAGAUUCCCUGACCCAGAUCUUGCUGCCAAUCCUGCAUUACAUAAUGGGACAUGGUCACCUUGGGUGACCUCAGAGGAUCCUGACAUUACCGCAUACUAUUAAACAUUGUAAGUUUCAAAUAGUUACAGGUGCUAUGAAUAUGACAUACAAUAAUCCGGGUUAAUUAUAGAUAUGAACCUAUACACCAUAAUAUAUAGACGGAUGAUGCGGUCAGUACACGAUGUACCAAGUCGUGCGGCAUAAUCAAUUGUAAUUUUACUAAAAUAAACUGGCGAAUAUAAAAUA